AUGCCCCGCUACAGUGUGGUAUUUGACAGUGACACCCUUACCCCCGCAGAUCCACACUGGCGUACAGGAGGUGGUUCUGCUCUCCCCCGAGUAGAAGAGAGCCCAAGUCCAGAUCAGCGCACGCACAAAGAACAGAAGUUCAAAGUCACCGUUCCAUGGAGGGACAUUGUCGAAUCAUUUCCGUCUGCACAAAAACACCCUCCAGUUCUGACUCCAUAUUUCAUGGAGGUCCUUCUGAGCCGGAUCCCAUUCCCUAUCGACAUGUCAAACUCAAGUUUCGUUCAAGACACCCACUUCUAUGGUGUUAGCUGGAGGAUACUGCCUCGCCCCCAGUUAAUUCCUAAGGAGAUAGUAUACGGCUCCCCAUUUAUAAUCCAGCACCAUUACAUUGUGAGAAUGCCCUUCUCAUAUAAUCCAGCUACGAGCCGCACGUGGGAGCCCCCGAUAUACAUCGCGUUGCGGAACCGAAUGGAAGACGAUCGCUACGCGUUUGUGGAACUCUCGCCAUACGAUCGGACUGGUACAUGUCUGCAUCCCCGAUACCCCAAUGUUAUCUUGCAAGUGUUCAAGUCUUUUGUCAAUAUCGCGGUUGAUCGGACGGACGCGGACCUCACCCUCAUGUUCACUCAACCUCCACAAACCCAUCAUGGCUCUUCUCAUCUUGGGGGGACCAUAGAAUCUGCGGUUGACAGGUUGACGCUACAGCAGGAGCAAGCCCUAUUUGACGACAAGGCUCAGGAUUUCGCAGUACACAAGAAUUUACACCCCAAAAAACUUGUGGACAAGGCCACAAGCACUGACAAGAUAAUUGAUCUCAUUAGGGUCGAAAGGGAAAGUGACAGUGAAUGGGAGUACGAGGACGAGGCCCGGGGUCAAUGCUCAACACAGCAGAUGACGGUGGCCAAGGGGAAGUUGCGGCGACGGGGUACAGUUCUGGGAGGCAGCCGCCAUCGUCGAUAG